AUGAGGCCAUAGUUGAGAAAGUACAAGUAGGUUUAAUAAGAGAAAGCCGAUGAGGAAGCACAAUUACCCAGUGAAAUCUUAAUUCAAAGAUCUUAAUAUAAUAAACAUAUCAAGUAUGAGAGCGAGAAAUCGCUUUGGAAAAGAGAGGACAAAUACGGCCAACCUUACUUCAAAUUGGACAAUCUUGAGGACAUUACUGAAAAUUAGCAGGAUAUUGAAAAGUUCAAGGAGUUUAUCAGUGACCCAUAAAAUAAAGAUCAGAUACUAGAAGAAUUAUCAGAAUUCUUGAGUUCUGAAGGAUACUAGAAAGUAUAAGCUAUACUAGCGAAAAAGAGAAAUCAUUAGCUGCCUAAAUUGAGAAUAGUAAGAGACAUGAAGUAGGUGAUAGAAGGGAGAAAAGCAUAGGCUAAUUAAAAGCUAGUUAAAAAACAAAUUGCAGAGAAAAAAGUAGAGGAGGAGAAAAUAUAAUUACAAGAGCAAAUGAAUAUAAAGUAGAUCAAAGAUAGAUAGAGCUCAAAUUUUGAUCAAAACUUGAAUAACUAGAGUACAAAUGCAAGUGAUUGCAGAGCUAUAGCUGAUAUUGAUGUAAGAAGAAGCAUGCUUGAGAUUGAAGAAGUAAAAGAAGAAGUGAAGGAAGGCUAUUAAAGACUUGGUGAAAAUGGGAGGGAGAUAAGCAAAAGAGGGGUAACUACUAGAGCGCAAAGAAGAACAGUAGUUUAAAAAUAACAAGAAGAUUCAGAAAUUAAUGAGGAACAUAAGUAAGUAACAAAAAGAAUUUAGAAUUUAAAGAAUAUGAAGCAAAUCUAGGGUAAUGUUAAAUACUUAUUGAAGCCUAAAUCCAAGAUAUACGGAUUCAUCUCUCCUGAAUAAUCAUCUGAAACAAGUUCAGAUAGUUCUGACGAUAAUGAAUAGAAUUGGGAAGAUAUAAAUAGCAGAGAUGAGGAGAGUGAUAGAGAGUAGGGAUAAGAUACACCAAGAAGAUAUGGAUUUUAAUAUGAGAGAUAUUCCCAACAGCCAGGUAAUUUAAAUUAUAAUGAUGAGAGAUGA